CUCUACCUUCCUUUUUUCCUCGGCGGAGGCCAAGAUGGCAGCCUGACGGAGUCCAGCCGGAGCGACGGAAAAAAGAAAGAUGGACGGAGCCGUCAAAGCAAUCUGUGCUUAUUCCUGAUCCCCGCAUAGCCCGACGGUGGAGCCUGUCACCUUUUUCCCCCUCCUCUGUGACAAUGUUGAAUCGUUAGGAAGGCUUUUUUUUGGGGGGGGGAUCGAAAAAAGCUAGCUAUUGUUGCUAGCUCCGGAGCUAGCUGGCUAGCGAGCUCUCCGCUAACCGAGUUUGGGCCUUUUUUUUCCGGCUUUUUUUCCCCCCUCGCAUUCGGCCUCGGACCGAACUCGACAUCGCGAAGGCUUUGGGGUUUUUUUCUGGAUGUGGUUUACUGGGACGCGUUCGCCAGAUCGAGCUCGGGAAAAAGUGGGGCCUGCAGCCGAGGAGAAGCGGAGCCGAGGCCCGUCUUUAUGUUCCAGAGGAAGCCCGUCUAAUCCCCGCCGUAGCUCGCUGACAUCCCCGGGGGGAGAGAGCCACCGAGCAGACCCCCCUCCACAAAACAUUUACUCAUUCUAGACUCCUGUCGGCCGCUGCAAUGACUGCCAUUAUUAAGGAAAUUGUCAGCCGGAACAAAAGGAGAUACCAGGAGGACGGCUUCGACUUGGACUUAACAUAUAUCUACCCAAACAUCAUCGCCAUGGGCUUUCCUGCGGAGCGACUUGAAGGCGUGUACAGAAAUAAUAUAGACGACGUAGUACGGUUUUUGGAUUCAAAGCAUAAAAACCAUUACAAAAUCUACAACCUCUGCGCAGAAAGACACUACGACGCUGCCAAAUUUAACUGCAGAGUUGCACAGUACCCCUUCGAAGACCACAACCCCCCUCAGCUGGAGCUGAUCAAGCCCUUCUGCGAAGACCUGGACCAGUGGCUCAGCGAGGACGACAAUCACGUGGCGGCCAUCCACUGUAAGGCCGGGAAGGGCCGCACCGGAGUUAUGAUCUGCGCCUAUCUCCUCCACCGCGGCAAGUUCCUGGAGGCCCAAGAAGCGCUUGACUUUUACGGCGAGGUCAGGACACGGGACAAGAAGGGAGUGACCAUCCCGAGCCAGCGCCGCUACGUCUACUACUACAGCUUCCUACUGAAGAACCAGCUGGAGUACAAGCCGGUGGCGCUGCUCUUCCACAAAAUGGUGUUUGAGACUCUCCCCAUGUUCAGCGGGGGCACUUGCAGGGACAGUACCGUUAAAAACAGGAGCGAGCCGACCCCUCAGGGCUUCAAGAAAGGGAAUUGGCAUUGGGAUCCCCAGUUUGUGGUCUACCAACUGAAGGUGAAGAUCCACACGUCCAACCCCACCCACACCCGGCGCGAGGACAAGCACAUGUUCUUCGAGUUCCCGCAGCCUCUGCCCGUCUGCGGCGACAUCAAGGUGGAGUUCUUCCACAAGCAGAACAAAAUGAUGAAAAAGGAUAAAAUGUUUCACUUCUGGGUGAACACCUUUUUCAUCCCGGGGCCGGAGGAAAGCGGGGAAAAGCUGGAGAACGGCGCACUUAAUAAUCUGGAGAGUCAACAACAACCACCGCAGCAGCAGCAGCCGCAGCCAGGGGCCGGGGGACAGGGCCAGCCGCUGAGCGCCGAGUGCAGGGACGGCGGCAGGGACGGCGGCAGGGACGGCGACAGGGACUACCUCAUCCUGACGCUGACUAAAAACGACCUGGACAAGGCCAACAAAGACAAAGCUAACCGCUACUUCUCGCCAAACUUCAAGGUGAAGUUGUAUUUCACAAAAACCGUGGAGGAGCCUUCGAAUUCCGAGGCGAGCACUUCGACAUCCGUCACGCCGGACGUUAGCGACAAUGAGCCAGACCAUUAUCGAUACUCUGACACCACUGACUCUGAUCCGGAAAAUGAACCUUUUGACGAAGAGCAGCACACGCAAAUCACAAAAGUGUGAACUCUUUUUAAACAAAACAAAAAAAAAGAAACAAAAAGCAGGAGAAGAAGAAAGUAUACACCAGAAAAAAAGGAGAAAACUUGAAUAUAAACUUAAAAGAACCUUUUUGUCGCCCCACCCCCCACCCCCCUACCACUCCCUGCCCACAUGGCAAUAGAAUAUCAUCAUGUCAAAUGCCAACUUUAGGGAAAAAGAUCAAUAUCCUGACCAAUAUAUUGUUUUUUCUUCUUCUUUUUUUGUUUUUUUGCCCCUUUGGCACGGCCAUCCACCACGUGCAGGUAUUGACACUGUCGCCCAAUAGGAAAAGGUGCUGUAGCUAUCCAAUGUGUUUAUAUCUAUAUACAUACACUUAUGUAUAUACAUAUAUAUACAUGCAUAUAUAUAUAAACAAGUUGUGUUUUUUUUUGUUGGUGUCAAAGACAAUGGAAAAGUACCACAAUCAGGAGACGGGAGUGGAAGUAGGAGAAGAAGGACGUGCUGGGACAAUGCUGCUCCUCCUCCUGUCGAAACCAAGGCCAGUGCUGCAGUCACUUUGUUUCACUCCUCCUCCUCUUCCUCAUCUUUUACUCUCCAUCCUCCUCCUCCUCCUCCUCCUCCUUUACUGUGAAUGCUUCUUGUGCUCUUUGCAGGCUGUCUCACGUGAAUUUUUGGCCUUUUGUGCAGUGCAAACUGCAUGCGGGCCGCGGGUUUUUUGGG